AUUUAUUUAUUUAUUUCGGCUCAUCUCAUCGUCACCUUUACCCCUGCUUCUCUCUCUCUCGCUAGUUUGUGUUGCAUAGACAGCAUGAAGCUGCAAUCAAUCAGCACCACCACCGCGAUUCAAGCUUCCCUUCCCAAACACGACCUCAAAGGUCAAUCCCUCGCGGUUAUAGGUUUAGGAAAAUCUGGAUUAGCAGCAGUGAGACUUGCUCUUGCAAGAGGUGCUUCAGUUUUAGCCAUUGAUCAGAAUGAGAAUUUGGAUCCAUUUGAGCGAAAUCCCUUAUUUGAGAAACAUAAUAAUGUGAAGACAAUCCUUGGUCAUUUUGAUAACAACCUGCUUAAAGAUGUGGAUACAGUGGUUGUUUCCCCCGGAGUUCCUCCUGAAGCUUAUAGCCUUUCAUCACUAUUGCAAUUAGUAAGCAUGACUGGCAUGGUUCCUACAUUUUACCUGAAAUUAAUAAUUUAAAUAUUCGCAUCACUU